CUUCGACUCUCAUCCACCCCCCUCCCCUUUCUCCCCUUUUACUCUCGACUACCGUCACAAUGGAUCAGGCUAAGUUGGCUCGGAUGCAGGCUAGCGUGCGGAUUGGAGGCAAGGGCACUCCCCGCCGCAAGGUCAAGAAGGUCCACAAGUCGUCCGGCGCCGACGACAAGAAGCUCCAGGCCACCCUCAAGAAGAUGAACGUGCAGCCCAUCCAGGCCAUCGAGGAGGUCAACAUGUUCAAGGAGGACGGAAACGUCAUCCACUUCGGUGCUCCCAAGGUCCACGCCUCCGUCCCCUCCAACACCUUCGCCCUCUACGGCAACGGCGAGGAGAAGGAACUCACCGAGCUGGUCCCCGGCAUCCUGAACCAGCUGGGCCCCGACAGCCUGGCCUCCCUGCGCAAGCUGGCCGAGAGCUACCAGAACAUGCAGAAGAACCAGGCCGGCGGCGAGGGCAAGAAGGACGACGAGGAGGACGAUAUCCCCGAUCUGGUUGAGGGCGAGAACUUCGAGAGCAAUGUCGAGUAAAUGUUUUUUUAGUUCACGGUUCCCUAAAAAAAUUUAAAGUUCUUGUGUGAUACACUCUAGUGCAUGCAUUGCAGUGCUUUGCAGUCAUGAAUGGAAUGAUG